GAAGGAUGUAGCACAAUGGUGAUAAAACUGGAGGCGUAUUUAGCAAGGCUGAGGACGGGGAUCGUAUGGGUGUGGUUUCACUCUCAUGCAUUUAACCCAAUGACACGCUACAGACUUGCUCACAUCUCAGCUCCUCCAGUAAAGGCACACCAAGCUCUGGCCCAUCGUUCCCUCGGAGGCAUGGUUUCUCAAGUGACCACCUCCCUCGUCAAGUGCCUGCUGAUUCUCCUCGGCCUGGUCUCUGUGAUACUGAACAUCGUUUUGAUAUGCAUGAAUUCCAACAGGCUUCCAAAAUGCCAGAUGCAAACACAAGAAUCGGUGGUGGGCAACCACACGGACCACAGCUUGAUAUUCGCCGACCUCACCCCCAAGGAGUACCAGAUGGUCCGGGAUUACAUGUGGAAUCAGAAGGACUUGAGGAUUUCUCACUCUGCCUUUGCAAAAGCGUCAGAGAACUACAUCUUCUUGAUUGACCUCGUGCUUCCGAAAAAAGCCGAAGCGCUGAGAUAUCUGGAUUCUCAAGGCGUCAAGCCCGAACGCCAAGCCAGCGUCGUGGUGUUUUUCGGAGAGCAUAACUACCUCAAAGAGUACGUCGUGGGACCUCUGACCGGUCACAUCCGUCAUCGGGAUGUCACAAAGGAGAAGUACAAGGUAGAGAGCCUUCCCUUCACGGCCCGCCCCGUGACCAUUGGAGAAUACGGGCAACUUUUCCAAUUGGUGUAUGUUGAUGUCUUCAACCAGCUGAAGACAGAACUAAAGGAGAGCUUUGGUUACGACCACAAAAAUCCAAACCUGGAGGUAUUCGAAGGAAUGCCCAGAGGAGUAAAAGCAGGCGAUAGAAAGACUUGGAUUUCAUUUUUCCGUGCGCUCAGUGGCAUGUAUAUCCAUCCAGUUGGCUUUGAAAUUUUAAUUUGUCACGAAAGUAAAAACUUCUCAGACUGGACCGUUGAAAAGCUCAUGUACAACGGCGUAUAUUUCGACAGCAUUGAUAGUUUUAAGAAAUCGUAUGCAGCAGGUACUAUACAAAAAAUUGUCUUUAAAGAAAUCUCUAAUUACGCCUCACUGAAACCGAGAAGCGUACCUACAGGGUUGGGACCACAUCAGUAUUAUCUCCAAGGCAAGCGCUUCAGCGUGAAGAAAAACCAAGUCAUUUACCAGGACUGGAGCUUUGCGUUCGGUCUGAGCUCACUGACCGGCAUGCGAGCGUUCGAUGUUCGCUUUAAAGGAGAAAGGAUCAUCUACGAGCUCAGCGUCCAGGAGGCCAUGUCUGUGUAUGGCUCCAUAACUCCAGGGAUGAUGCUCACCAAAUUUCUGGACACUAGUAUCGGAAUCGGCCGCUUCGCCCAUGAACUGGUGCGAGGCGUCGACUGUCCGUAUUCGGCCACUUAUAUAGAUGUUUAUCGCUACAUCGACGUCAACGCCACGCAGCUUUUCAGAAACGCCAUCUGCGUCUUUGAGCAUGAUGUAGGACGACCGCUACGACGUCACUUUUCAGAUUUCUUCCAUAACAGCUAUGGAGGCCUGACCAACAGCGCCCUGUACCUCCGCAGCAUCACAGCCAUCGGCAACUACGACUAUAUCUGGGACUUCAUCUUCUACCAGUGUGGCACGGUGGAGGCCAGGGUUCAUGCCACCGGUUAUAUAUCCUCUUCUUAUAAAGUGCCCGGCAGUCUGAAGUACGGCCACCAGGUCGCUGAAAACGUGCUCGGAAAUGUCCACACGCACUUCGUUAACUUCAAGGUGGAUCUGGAUAUUUUAGGAGUGAGGAACGUGUUCCAGACCAAAGACAUGGAGUAUGAGGAGGUGUCUUUGCCCUGGAUGACUGAGCGUAAGGCCAAAAUCCCAAAAGUGGUGGAGAAUCAGAUCAAGACCGAGCAGGAAGCAGCGCUUCGAUACGGCACUAAAAUUCCUCGUUAUCUCCAUGUGGCGAGCAAUCAGAAGAAUCGUUGGGGCCACCAGCGCUCAUACAAACUGCAGGUGAUGAGUCUGGCUGGAGAUCACCUUCCAGAGAGCGAGCCAGAGGAGAGGAGCAUGUCCUGGGCACGGUACAAAGUUGCCAUAACAAAGCAUAAAGACUUGGAGCAGACCUGCAGCAGUCUGUACAGUCAGAAUAACAUGUGGGAGCCAGUGGUGGACUUCAGCAAUUACAUCAAGGAUAAUGAGAACAUCGAGAAUGAGGAUCUGGUUGCCUGGGUGACGGCAGGUUUCCUCCACAUCCCACAUGCCGAGGACAUCCCCAACACGGUGACUGUAGGAAACGGAGGCGCCGUCCUCAUCCGGCCGCAUAAUUACUUUGACGAAGAUCCGUCUAUCAACUCAGCCGACGGCGUCUACAUCAAGCCGGGAUCAGAAAGAGACUGUGAGUACAACAAGAUGGCGUGUUUAGACAAACACCUGUGUAGCCAGACGCUGGAGCCCUUCACCUACAACGGAUUCGAGGGUGUCAUGAAAUUUGCCGGAUAAACAUAUCACAUUAAAGAUGUUAAAGAUAUUUGCUGUCCUUAACGAAUUAAUUCCUCACCUCUAUAGUCGCAUCUUCACUGUUAGCAUCGUGUGAUAUAUGUGGUUUAGUUCUUAUCUUUUUGUAUUUUUACUUAUUUUGUAUUGACCAUCGAAUGAGAUUUUUACCGAUUUCUUGUUCUUUUACAUAUUAUGAAAGUAAGGACAAGAAAUCAGUCACCUUGAUUCCACUUAAACCACAGCAGCUUGAUUAAACAACCACAUUUCUAAUUUCUAAUUGUAAUCCAUUUAUGGUUAUUUUUAAUGCUGUGGAACGUCCAGGAAACCAGUUAGUUCUAGUUCACAAUCACGUUCUAGCGGCUCGGGUCGUUGCUUUAAUUGAUAAAAAAAGCACUGACACUGGAGACUCCUUCCAUCAUUGUCCAUAAACAUCUCCUGAAACACUGAAAACAUCACCAUAUAAACAAUUCAUCAGUUUUUAAUCCAUUUAAGUGGAACGACAUGCUGUGAACGUUUCGUUACUAUAGAAACGCUAACGUAUUAGAAGGAUAUAAACCUGCGAUUCGCAGAUGACCGAUCAGAAUCCGGAAUUAAAAACCACUGUGGUAUAAAUAUUAGAAUGUCAUUUUAUAUCAUCUUAACUACCCUUUUAGCCACUUUUAGCUCCUUUUUAGUGUCUCUUGUAGCUACUUUCUGUGCAACGUACUAUUUUGUCAGAUGAAUUAGCGCUGCUGUCUGUCUCAAUUUGGGGGGGUUUGUAUACAGUUCCGUCUCACCCGGGUCCUACGUUAUGGUUAAAAUGUCCCGAAGCUCAAUUUCACGCUACCUCAUUUCAGCCAGGAAUCUCCUGAUGUACAGUUUUUGCAAACAAGAAAUUCGCUAGCAAGAGAUCCAAAGCAUCCGAUUGCGUACCGGAUGUCUUUCGUGUCAUGACAUCGAUAACGGGGCAUUUUAAUCAACAACAACUCACAUGUUCAGAAAACAAUAAACUAUUCUGUGGCUCGUGACUCUUGCAGUAAUUUUCUUACUAAUGUUCUGGUUAAAUGUAGGAUCGCUUUAAAAAGCUACGAUCAUCCGAAUUCACGUAUAAAGUUCCUAGUAAUGCAUUUUUUUUUUUUUUUUUUGAGGAAAUUGCUAAGGAUCAAACUUGUUGCCAUUUCUACUCUGAAAGAUAUGUGCAAGUUUAAAAAAACACCAGAAUGUUCUUGUGAACUGAAAAGACAAAAUUCUCAGUGUUACUUGUGCUACUGUGUUUCCCUGUUUAGGAGAUUUUUACCUUUAUUUCAUUUAGGUUUUCUAAUCUAUAUCUUUAUGUGUAUAAACAUGUCACUUAUGAUGUUCAGCUGUAUGAGAAAUAAAACUGCAAUAAAGUUCAGUUGAGUUCC